CUAGUGCUAUGAGCAAUCCUUUUCUUAGGUUGUUAGGAAGUGUAACAAACAAUGAAGGACGAUUAAAAGAUACCCUAUUUCGGAUACAAGAGGGAAGUACAUGCGAAGUGCUAAAUAAUCUGGUAUUCGUUAUGGUGGAUCAAUCCGUCCUUUCCGCUUUUGACUGGUUCUUUGGAAAACCAACAACUUUCUUUAUGGUUGUAAAGAUGAAUCUGGUGGACGACAUUAUGAAGGUAAAAGGGAAGGAUACGAUGUCACACGAUGAAAUGUGCUCUCUGUUGCAAGACUUGCUGUUUCGAAAGAUUAGCCAUAUUAACACCACAAAUCAGCCAUUUGCUAAUAUCUACACGGAUGAGAAGCAAACAGUUCUGAACACCUCGUUUUUCUCGCCUCUAAGCUACGAAGAGUCGUUCGAUGUGCAAAUGACUCGCUGCUACAUCCGUCUUCUUCCAGACAUUCCCUUCGUACUUUUUUACGAAGACAACGGCGUGGAAUACUGGAUGGCUCAGGAAUUCAACGAAUCUGGCUCUGUAACCACCACACUCAUCGACAAUCACCACGAAAUCGCCACUGACGCACUCGCUUCCGCCAUCCAGCCACCAUCCUCCAGCGAGCUCUGCACUUGCUCUCUCGCCACGAUGAUUCUUUCCUCCUCUUCGAGGUCUCUUCACCAGCAGCUCUUUAGCGAUUUCAACGACUCGUUCGUGGCUGUGCUGCAUCGUUUUCCGUUGGAUUCCACUGCGAUUUCGCUCUCUCCGCCUCUGACUGCGUCGUGCGAGCUGCUUUUGCGCUAUUCCUAUCAGCCCUAUUCCACGUUUUCUUUGGAUGCGGACCGAUUUCACGAGGAAUUGCAAGUGCUCCAGAGCAUCAAAUCGGGAACGUGGUCGAUUCUCUCCGAGGAAAUUCUGUCCACGUUGCCGGUUCAGCCAUCGACUUCCCUGCAAACGACGUCGAUUGAUUACACGGACUUCAUUUAUCAAAAAGGACUGCAUUGCGGAUCGAAAGAGCAGCUCGCUGCGGACAUUCGGCAGCAUCUCAAGGCACUGAUGACGCUGCCUUCGCCUCCCUUCGUCGCUCCUUCGAACCGCACACAACUCGCAGAACUCAUUCGAAAGGGAUUAAAGCAAGCAGUCUCCACGAACCGCGAAGAAUCGAUGCGCCAAUGGAGCGAAGAAGUCGAUUCGAUCUCCGAUUUGAUUCCAUUCUGGCUUGAAGUGGGUCUUUGGUCGCUCAUGAAUCGAGUCAGCGAAGCGUUCAAUGCGCGCCAUUUGCUCAUCGCCGAGCUGACAAUUCUUCCGGAAGAACAGCGAGAUUGGAAGCAUAGUUCGCUUUGGAUUCUCUCCAUUCAGCAGAUGAUCCGAUUGCUCGGGUUUGCGUGUCUCAUCGAGUUCAUGGUAUCAUUCCUCCCGCCAGCUGAACCAAAGGUUCCUUCCCAGCCAUCCGUUCUUUCAUUCUGUGUGGACAUUCUGCAGCGAGCCGUCGCUUCGUCUUCGGCUUCCACCAUGCUGCUGUUGCUCCCUCCCGACCUGGCAUCCAAGCUCCUCUCUUCGUUCCCUGCACCGGAGAUCGUGCUGGUCGACAGAAAGCUGAAGAGUGGAUGCGAACAUCAUUUGGAAUUGAACGAAACUGAAACGCGAACCAUGCAGUUUUUCGCGGCGAAACCGAUGUUGAAGCAGCAUUACCUCACGAAAGAGGAAGAGGACGACUUGGAGAGAAUCGUCAAGGCGCACUGUGGAGAGGAAAUUACAAGGGAAGCGAUGAAGAACUUGGAGAUGCGCAAUGUGUAG